CUCACUUCUGCUUGGCUGUAUCACUGUUCUGGACUCCCGAUAUACCAAGGACUCUGAGUUGACUUGGGCUCAACGGAACGGAUACUCUGUGCUAGGCCAUGGGGCGGCUAAACGUCGACAUCGACGAUGAUACUCUCUUGAAAGCAUACAAGCUCUCCUCUAUAUCAGCAACACGAUGGGAAGAAGUGGACCAGGACACCGACAAUGCUGUACCCGGCAUUACUGGACCGGCGGAGAACGACACAGACCCGCUGGGCUUGGGAGCUACUAUCGACUUGCGGGAUAUGGAUGCGGAAACCAAGGCUGCGGUGCUCAUAACAUCCAAGUCGUUCAACCCCAAGACGUUCCUCUCCGUCGUGCAUCCGAAUGCGACAUAUCAAGAUCUCUCUGCAGCUAUCGCGCGCCUUCGCGCAUCGCUAGACUCACGCUCUGAAGCUAUCCGUGUGCUUGUCGAGGAGAACUUCGACAGAUUCGUCGCGGUGAAAGCAUCAACAGAUGCCUUGUACGCCGAGAUGAAGGAGGGUAUACUGGCAGAACAGACGGACUUCGCGUCGAAGCCUCUCAAAGAUCAUCUCAAAGCUGCUGCCCAGAAAGCAGAUCAGGUCUUCCUGCCUGUGCUAGAGAACGCUAUGAAGGCGCAGAAGCUGCGCACAACUCUUGGCGUGUUUGAUCGCUCCAAGUUCUUCUUCAAUUUGCCCAGUUCACUUGUGGAAUGCAUUGAAGCGGGGCGGUAUGAGGCAGCAAUGCGUGAUUACAAGAAGGGCAAGCUCCUGCUCGAGACUCGUCCUAAUCAACUUCUGCCAAUCGGCACCACGAAGGACGGUCAGGCAUCGGGAUCCGCCCAGCAACAGCAGAAACGGAUUCUUGACAAGGUAUGGGCAACCGUGGAGAGAGUCAUGGCGCAGAUGCGGAACGAGCUCCAAGUUCAACUACAAGAGCCCACGCGCAGCGUGGAAGAGCAAGAGAAGACGAUAGAGAUCUUAUGCGAGUUCAACACGUCCGACGAUCCAGCUUGGACAUACUUCGACGCGCAGCAUAAACAUAUCAUGCAGCAUAUGCGAGAAGCGUAUGCGACUGCCGUGAAAAGCAUCCAAGGCAUUGUCGACAAGUCCCCAGUGACUAGUCCUGACACCCUUUCCCUCAACCGUGAACUAGCGUCGCAGUUACAAGACUGCGUGUACGCUUUGGAGACGAAACAGCCCGACUCCGUCGUAGCGCAAUCCGGGGGUCAUGAAGUCUGGGAAGCGAUCCAAGUCUUGGUCAAGAACGUGUCUGAGGCCAUGCUGACACCUCUUCCCAACUUCUGGCGAAUAUCCAAGUCCUUCAUGGAUGGACGAUACCGGAAGACUGUACCUACCUCCUCUCGCCGUAGCCCGACACAAUGCCGGACCAUGGCGCUGGACAUCAUCAAGCUCUACAUCACCCUGCUUUCCGAGUUCUUCCUUUUCUCCGACAUGGCCGUCAUGUCCCCCGGCCGGAACACCACCCCACCCCUCUUCCCCAAGUGCUCCAACUCGCUCACCACCGCUCAUCAUUUGAUGAAACUUCUAGGCGAGAUCCAAGACAGCGUCAACGACGUGGCCGGGAUGGAUAUCUCCGGCGAGGCCACCUCAAGCUUGAAGAGCCUCCUGGAGAGCGCAAAGUGGAAGUUCGCCGACAUCCUCGUGAACGACUGGCUCCGAGAUGCGAACAUCUUCUACUACCUCGAGACAUGGAUCGGCUCCACCGUCGACCAGUACACGACGAUCUACCUCUCCCAGAUGCGCGCCUUCCAGAAGCAGAUCACGACGUGUGCCUUCAAGGUCGCCGGCGGCGUCGACCUGUCCUCCUCCGCGGCGUCCUCGUCGCGCCCGACGAAACAGAACCCGGUCCCAGCGGAGUUCGUCGCGAAGAUCACGAAGGCGUUCCUGGACUCGCUGUACGCGUUCCUCGACGGGAUGGUGCACUUGGCAUCGGACGAGAGCCCGACCGCGAGUGGGAUCAAGGCGCUGCCGCCACCACCGUCGACUGUGGUCCCGGGCACGAACCCACUUGAGCUAGUCAAGGUCGAAGAGGCUGAUACCCGUAUCCUGCUAGUAGUGUCUAACUUCGGACAUCUCAUGCGGGUUCUCAUCCCGAGCAUGAUCACCGAGCUCGAGACUGCAUUCAACAGCUCUAUGGCGGAAGACCGGAGGGCACUCAUGUCAGUCGUACAAGAGCUCGACAAGACGCUCUUCGAGAGCUACUUCAAGCCCAAGUCCGCCGCACUCACCGCGAUCGUCCGCGAUGGCAUCCUCGACCCGGGCAUGGACUGGUACGAGACGCCGCAGCCGAAGGAAAUUCGUCCAUACGUAUACGAGACGCUCAUGUUCCUCGUCGGGGUCCACGCGCAAGUGAGCGCGGCGGCCGCGCCGCUGCUCGAACGCACGCUCAACGCGCUCGUCGAGGACGUCGCGGAAGAGGCCCUCCGUUGUUUCCGCCAGGUGAAGCGCUUCGGCAUGGGCGGCAUGCUCCGGGCGACGCUCGAGAUCGAGUUCAUGCACCAGACGCUCUCGCGCUACGUGACGCCCUCCGCGGACGCGACGCUCUCGGAGCUGUACACGAAGAUCUCGCAGGCGUACGCGAAGCGCGCGGGCGACGAGAACCUGCAGGCGCACCUCGACGGCGUGAAGAAGACGCUCGCGGACGCGCGCCGCGCGACCGGCAUCGAGUUCCUCUGCUUCCGCCAGACGAAGGACCGCGCGAAGGAGCGCGUGCGUGGGGGCUCGGGCGACCAGCCAAGGGAGCGCGAGCGCGAGCGGAAGGAGAGGGGGGAGAGGGAGAGGAGGAGGGAGCCGAAGGCGAGUUAGGCAGAGGACGGAUGAACUGUAACGGAUGGGUGGUUGUAACUUAUCGAUACCAAUGUGAACUUCAUCG